AUGGAUACUCUCAUAGCAGAACUUCAACGAACUGCAAGGAAGCCUCGCCAAACAGUUUCUGUCACUACUGAACCUCCAUCUGAAAGUGAUCAAGAUGACUCAACCUACGCUUUACUCCCAAAGAAGCGAAAAAGAAGAGAUCCAUGUUCGGGAGUGUUUAUCACCUACCCAAUUCAAAAUAAUUCUACUCCGAUUGAGCAUGGUUAUAUUGCUCAAAACCUACAAAGCACAUUCACUGAGCCCUCUCCAGUGAUUCAAGAAAUAUCAAGCACGUUACCUAAUCCCGCUCCUAUGGAUCAGGAUUUUCAAAGCCAAAUUGUUGAAGAAGAAGUCUUACCUUUAAAAGGAGCUCAAGCUUCACGAAGCUCUUUUGAAACACCCGAGCUGGACAUUUCCAAAGGAACAAGCAAGUUGCCUGAAUCUGAAUUAGUUGAUGUCGUUCAGCAUCAGAUUAAAGUCUUUGAUUUGGAACAAAACUCUGCUGAAAAGGAUUUGAUAAUUAGAGAGCAGGAUAUUCGAAUAAACAAGCUUGAGAAAGAGAACUCCGAUAAAGAUUCAAAGAAGUCGGAGAUUCAAGCGGAUCUCAGUGAAAGAAGAGAGAAUAAAAUUAGGGUUAAGCAGCUAAAAGGGAAAAUGCUUGUGAUGAAGAAUUCAGAUAAAAAUGCUCUGGGCGAUCAUCCUGAAAUGUUCUUCAAGAAAAUUGGGAAGAAGUUCACAGAGAAAUAUGGUGAUCGUUCUAGCAUCAUGAUGUGGGGAUAUGAUGUUGAAAAGAAGAUGUGGAUCGUGAAAUGA